AUGGCGCAGGAGAGUAAGCCGGCGCUCGGGUGGGCGGCCAGAGACGCCUCCGGUCUCCUCUCCCCCUACAGCUUCUCACGAAGGGCUCAGAAGGAGGACGACGUGACGAUCAAGGUGCUCUUCUGCGGGAUCUGCCACACGGACCUGCACGUCGCCAAGAACGAGUGGGGCAACGCCAUGUACCCCGUUGUUCCAGGGCAUGAGAUCGUCGGCGUCGUCACCGGCGUGGGCCGCGGCGUCCGGAGCUUCAAGGCCGGCGACACGGUGGGCGUGGGCUCCUUCAUCGGCUCCUGCCGCGCGUGCGAGAGCUGCGCCAAGGGGUACGAGAACAACUGCCCCGCCCUCCUGCUCACCUGCAACGGCGUGGACUACGACGGCGCCACCACCCAAGGGGGAUUCGCCGACGUCCUCGUCGUCAACCAGGACUACGUCCUCCGCGUCCCGGAGGGCCUGCCGCCGGCCGGGGCGGCGCCUCUCCUGUGCGCCGGCGUCACGGUGUACAGCCCCAUGGUGCAGUACGGCCUGAACGCGCCGGGGAUGCGCCUGGGCGUCGUCGGCCUGGGCGGCCUCGGCCACAUGGCCGUCAAGUUCGGCAAGGCGUUCGGGAUCACGGUAACCGUGAUCAGCUCGUCGCCGAGGAAGCGCUCGGAGGCGGUCGAGCGCCUCGGCGUCGACGCCUUCCUGGUCAGCCACGACGCCGAGGAGAUGAAGGCCGCGGCGGGCACGAUGGACGGCAUCGUCGACACGGUGUCGGCGGGGCACCCGCUGCUGCCGCUGCUGGAGCUGCUGAAGCCGAUGGGGCAGAUGGUGCUGGUGGGCGUGCCGACCGAGCCCAUGGUGCUGCCGGCCUCGGCCAUCGUCACGGGCGGGAAGCGCCUGGCCGGGAGCGGCGUGGGCAGCGUGCGCGACUGCCAGGCGAUGCUGGACUUCGCGGGGGAGCACGGCAUCGCCGCGGACGUCGAGGUCGUCAAGAUGGAGUACGUUAACACGGCCAUGGAGCGACUCGAGAGGAACGAUGUCAGGUACCGCUUCGUCAUCGACGUCGCCGGCAGCAUCGGCUGCGCCGCGGUUUAG